AUGACAAGUCAGGGCCAAAUAACAGGAGGUGAAGCGAGUGUUCGAGAAGAGCCUUACUCUCUGCCUCAAGGGUUCUCCUGGGACACUGUGGACCUGAGCAACCCCAGGGAGCUGCAAGAGCUUUGUACGCUGCUCAAUGAGAACUACACAGAGGAUGAUGACAACACCAUCAGAUAUGACUUCUCUAUGGAGUAUCUGCAAUGGGCCUUGCAGCCCCCAAAUUGGCUGGCCCAGUGGCACUGCGGCAUCAGGGUGGAUUCUAAUAAGAAGCUAGUGGGCUUCAUCGGGGCAGUCCCUGCAGAUGUGCAUAUAUACGACACGGAGAAGCGGACGGCGCAGAUCAAAUUUUUGUGUGUUCAUAAGAAGCUACGCCUCAAGCGGAUGACCCCGGUUUUGAUUCGGGAGCUCGCCAGACGUGUCCAACAGCAGGGUGUGGGCCAGGCGGUGUACACAGCUGCCAUAGUGCUGCCCACACCGCUCAGCUCCUGCAGAUUGUGGCAUCGACCCCUGAACCUCCGCAAGCUGGUGGAGAUGGAGUAUCCAGGCAUACGAGGAGACAUGCCCCUGCAGAGAGCCCUCAAAUUCAACCGCCUCCCUGAGGUGACAAAGACACCUGGUUUGCGACCGAUGGGCAAAGACGAUGUGGUGAGGUUGCACGCUCUUCUGCAGGCAAACCUCACCAAAUUCCACCUCAAGCCAAGCUGGUCUCUGCAGGAAGUGGAGCACUGGCUCUUGCCUAGGGAGGGCGUGAUUGACACCUAUGUGGUAGAGGGUGAUGAUGGUGCACUGACAGAUGUGGUGAGCUUCUACAGAAUGUCCUCCAAGGUGUUAAAUCACCCAUUCCACAAGGGCCUGAGGGCGGCCCACCUCUUCUACGUUGCAUCAAAUGGCGGUACAGACCUUGCUGAGCUCAUUGAGGAUACGCUGGUCCUGGCCAAAUCCAAAGACUUUGAUAUCUUCGUUGUUCUUGAUGUGAUGGAUAACAAGUGUUUCCUGGAAAAGCUCAAAUUCAACAUCAGUGGCAAGAAUUUACAUUACUACUUGUACAAUUGGAUGUGUCCAAGAAUGAGUCCAGACAAGGUGGGCAUGGUGUUACCAAACUAA